UUCCAGCUCUCAGUCUAUUUAACACAGCACAGUUUAUGUUUCCUGGCUUUUAGUUCAGAGCAGUGGGAGUUUGCAACCUGCACGAACUCCUCUCAGAAUGAAUCGCAUUGUGCGGCUUGCCUUGACUCUUACACUGCUGACCACAUUAGUAACUUCAGCAAGGUAUCCCUAUCAGAAAGUUUUACAGCACAGCAGGAUCAGGGGCAGACAGCAUGGGCCCAAUGUGUGUGCAGUCCAAAAGGUCAUGGGGUCCAACAAGCAGUAUUAUACUAACUGCAAGCAGUGGUACCAAAGAAAGAUAUGUGGCAAGUCAACUGUAAUUGUCUAUGAAUGCUGCCCUGGAUAUGAGAAGGUACCUGGAGAGAGAGGCUGUCCAGCAGCUCUACCUCUUUCAAAUAUUUAUGAUACACUGGGAAUUGUUGGAGCAGCUACAACACAGUUAUAUUCAGACAGAGCCAACUUGAGACCCGAAAUUGAGGGUCCUGGAAGUUUUACUAUUUUUGCACCAAGUAACGAGGCCUGGGCAGCUCUGCCAGCUGAAAUAUUAGAUGCUUUAGUGAGUAAUGUUAACAUCGAGCUUCUGAAUGCAUUACGAUAUCACAUGGUGGACAAACGACUUCUCACAGAUGAAAUGAAGCAUGGAGGCACUGUGCAAUCAAUGUACCAGAACCUGGAUAUUCAUAUACAUCACUAUCCAAAUGGAAUUGUCACAGUAAAUUGUGCUAGGCUUAUUAAGGCAGACCAUCAUGCUACAAAUGGUGUAGUCCAUGUAAUUGAUAAAGUAAUCACAGCAGUCACAAAUAACCUUGACCAAGUGGUUGAAACUGAAGAAAGUCUGGAAACAUUGAGGACCGCUGUGGCAGCUUCAGGCCUUGAGACACUGCUACAGUCGGAAGAUAAACAGUACACUCUACUUGCUCCCACCAAUGAAGCUUUCGAAAAAGUUCCAAAGGAAACUCUGGCCAGAAUUCUUGGAGAUCCAGAAGCACUUAAAGACCUUUUACAUCACCACCUCUUACACUCUGCCCAGUGCUCAGAAGCAAUUAUUGCUGGUUCUUCCAUUGAAACCAUUGAAGGAACUCCACUUGAAGUUGGUUGUCUUGGUGAUGAGCUCACUCUUAAUGGAAAAGCAAUCAUUUCUAAGAAAGAUAUUUUGGCUACUAAUGGAGUUGUUCACUUUAUUGAUGAAUUGUUGAUUCCAGAUUCAGCUAAAACAGUAUCUGAAUUGGGCAAAGACUCUGUUGUUUCUACAGCUAUUGACCUCUUCCUGCAAGCUGGACUUAACUCUCAUCUUGCUGUUAAUGAACGAGUGACAGUGAUAGCUCCACACAACAAUGCAUUUAAAGCUGGAACUCCAGUGAUUGAUAGAAACAUGAAAAAUCUGCUUCAAAAUCACAUUAUAAAAGAUCAACUCUCUUCCAAAUAUCUUUACCACGGGCAAGUUUUAGAAACAGUUGGUGGAAAUAAACUUAGAGUGUUUGUUUACCGAAAUGCUCUUUGCAUUGAAAACAGCUGUAUUGAUGCACACGAUAAAAAAGGAAGAUAUGGUACUCUGUUUAUUGUUGACAAGUUGCUGACUCCUCCAUCAGGAAAUGUCAUGGAUGUCCUUAAAGCCGAUAGUCGAUUCAGCAUGUUAGUGGCUGCAAUCCAGUCUGCUGGACUUACUGAGACACUGAACAGAGAAGGAACGUUCACAGUCUUCGCUCCCACAGAUGAAGCAUUCCGUGCUCUUCCAAGAGGAGAAUUAAACAAACUCUUAGGUAAUGCAAAAGAACUAUCUAACCUUCUCAAGUAUCACAUUGGUGACGAGAUUCUGGUUAGUGGGUCUGUCAGUCAACUCGUAAGAAUGAAGUCACUUCAGGGAGAAAAACUGGAAGCUAUGUCUAAAAACUCCACUUUAUUUGUGAAUAAGGCACCUGUUUCUGAAGCAGAUAUGAUGGCCACAAAUGGUGUAGUCCACGCUAUCAGCACUGUCUUACAACCAGCCAAAUCCCAAGAAAGAGGAGAUCUCUCAGAUUCUGGGCUUGAUAUCCUGAGACAAGCUGCUGCCUAUUCAAUAGUGAUUCCAAGACAUAAUCGAUUAACACCUGCAUAUAGCAGGUUAUUAUCAAGACUGAAGCCAAAAUCUUCAGAGUGAAAAUCAGGCAGCAGCCAUCAUCAUUAGUGCCUCCGUGGUGUCUUUUUAACGUGUUUCACAUUUUGUAAUUUUGCUUUGUAAAAUGAUUUUGUAUAUGUUCCCAUAAAACAUUGAUAAUUUUUUUCAACAUGUUUUAGCUAUUAUUCUUGCUUCAGGCACUUGUUCACAUUAACAUAAGAAAAAAGGCUUGUUGACAAUAAAACAUUUAUUCCUGAGACAUUUGGUCUAUGUACUCCAGCCAAUGAGCACUGAGGUCUUGUUCAUUGAAUUAAAAUCUGUAAAAUUACUUGAUUAUAUUCAAUGCAUGUCAACGUGGCCUUCAGCAACAACACUUUUCUAGCACCCUUGUCAGUGUGAUUGCCAAGAUUGUUUGGGGCCCCUGGGGGAAUAUCCUAGAGCUAUGCAAUUUAUGUCUGCCCUAGGACAAAUUAAAUCAGUAAAUUCAGUAAAGAAAAAAAAUAAUACUGAGACAUGACUGUGUGAGGAUGCUAUACAAAUUAAAUCCCAAUCAAAAAUUGAAAUAAAUAAAGAUUGAUAAGUACACAAUAACUGAAAUCUUCGCAAGACUUUUGACUCCUAGCCUGUGUUCACAUGUGUGGAUAACUAAUCCGGUUGUAUGAUUCCGGCUGGCGGUUGAACCAAAAACUGUUGUAUGCAAUGUUUUUGAAUGGCCAAAACCCAGCAGUAAUGCCGGAAAUCGGCUGGAUCACCACCGGACAUCAUUACAGUCAAUGGGGAAAUCAGGUAGGCUGCACUCUCCAGGAACAGACUGCCGGAUCUGCUGCCAAGGAUGUGAAUGUGGCCUUAUAGCCCAUAGCAAUAUUAGCUUAGAUGGGUUUGUGUAUUAUGUAUGUUUAUACACGUGUCAUGUCAGUGUUAUGAUAUAUUGUUGAGUCAUUGGGUAACCAGUACCGCAUGGUUCUAUUAGAACGCUAACAGUUGACAUGAUUGUUUCUCUAUUUGUUCAUUUACCAUGAAAUCAUUUUUAUUUCAUGUUUUCUGCCUUCAACAUUUGACUGACAGAGCAUUCAUUACAACACACAUCCACUAUACCCGCAAUGUAAAAAAAAAUAAACAGCACCUUUUGACAAGUG